AUGACUUUAGAUUCAGUUGAAGCUUAUCACAUUCUCCGUAAUGGAAUUACUGGUGGUCUAUCAAAUGUUCAACAUAGAGUAAAUCUUAAAGGAAUCACACGCAUUAAUAAACUUUCAUAUAAUCCAGAAACUAAAACUGUAUCAAAUGAGGACACUUCCAACAUCAUGACUCAUUUCGUUGGUGUUGAUUUUAAUUCAUUAUAUCCUUCAUCAUUUUCAUCUAAUCCUCAUGAUUUCAUUUAA